AUGCCAGUCAAUGUUAUUGAUAGUCAUGUUCAUCUUUAUUCCAAAUCUUAUAGUCAGGAUGGACGUUUGCCACUUGUGUCUCAAAGUUCACAAUUAAAUGAUGAAUUUAGAUUGGAUGAAUACAAAAAAGUUAUUUCAGAAUCAUCCAAACAUAAAGUUGAAGGUUUAAUAUUCAUAGAGAUUUGUGUUGAUAGUGGAUUAUCUUAUGAAGGUUGGAAAUACCCAAUUGAAGAAUACUUAUAUGUUGAACGUAUAAUACUUGGAAUCCCUAAAAUUGGUGAAGGUUCAGAUCUUUCAGGUAAAGAUUUUAUAAAAGGAAUUGUUCCAUGGGCUCCAAUACCACAAGGUGUUACUAAAUUAAAAGAAUAUAUCCAAAAAUUGAAAACUCAAUCGUUGGACCCCAAGACAUUUGAAAGAGUUAAAGGUUUUAGAUAUUUAUUUGAUGGUCUUCCACCUGGUAGUAUACUUGAACAAAAUUAUAUUGAUUCAAUCAAUUGGCUUGCCCAAAAUGGAUUUGUUUAUGAUUUAGGAUUAAAUAUUAGACAAGAUGGGAAUAGACAAUUAAAAGAAGUUAUUGAAUUAUUACAAAAAACUGAAAACGUUACAUAUAUUUUGAAUCAUUUAUCAAAAGCUAAUUUAUCAUUGAGUUCUAAAGAUGUUUAUAACAAUUUAGAUUUUAAAGAAUGGCAAUCUUUAGUUGAAAGAAUCUCUCAAAAUACCCAAAGUAAUAAAAUUUAUAUUAAAUUUAGUGGUGGAUUCCCAGAAUUACCUGAUGAAAUUGCCCAAGAUGAUGAUUUAACAGAAUCAAUUGCAAGAAUUGAACCUUGGUUUAAAACUUUUGUUGAUAAUUUCCCUAAAAAUCAAAUAAUUUUCGGAAGUGAUUGGCCAAUAGCUGUUAAAAAGAUUAAUUUCCAUGAAACUUGGGUUAAAUGGGUUAAGAUAACAGAUUAUUUAAUCGAUAAAUAUGGAUUAAAUCCUGAAGAUUUCUACAAGAAUAAUGUUGUUGAAGCAUAUAACUUGAAUUGA